GGCGACGGGUCCCAGCAUAUCAAUCAUACCAUGGCGGACCUGUCCUCCGUCCAUCAUCCUCUCGUCCCCGAGCUGAGCCUCUAUAACCGCAGGCGUUGAACGUCUUUUCCCUGUUCAACUUCUUGCCACUGCUGCGUCAGUGUAGCGACUCGCCCGGUGCUGCAGCCUCCUCUGUCGCGUCCUCUCUCUGGAAGAGCCUUAUCCAGUUUCUUACGCUCCUUCUUCGCCUGAGUUGACUCGGUACUCCGUUCUCCUACUCACACAACACUCGACACUGUCUCCGCUAGCGACCCACCGAGAUGUCUAAGCAAUUCAGGAUCAUUAUGGGCUUCUGGUCCUUCGUGGACAUGCUGCUCUUGGCCGCUGCCGUCGCCUCCAUCGUCUUCUCUAUUGUCGAGCGCAAGCCCGACUUGAUGGCGAACAUCGCCAUCAGCACUGAGCAGUUGAAUGCUGGUUUGAUCAUGGGUGUCGUCCUCCUCGCGUCAUGGAUCGUCUCGAUCAUCGCCGUGCUGUCCCCCACGGCGACCGUCACGGGCUUUGUCGUGCUGAACUGGAUGCUCAUCAUGGAUGUCAUCGCCAUCCUCGUCGUCGGCACGUCUCUCUGGUUCUACACCCUCCACAUCGAGGACAACUACCUCGCCGUCUGGACGUCGCUGCCGGACGCGUCCAAGCUCGCGGUGCAGAAUAAGUUUUCGUGCUGCGGCUACUUCAUGCCCAACGACACCACCGCCGCCAUCGGUGGAUUCUGCGCGAACCAGACGUUCAUCGACUCGCUGGUCAACGCGACGGCAACGACGCAGAACGCGUGCAUCGCGGAACUUACCGGCUACGGCGAGCCCAUGCUCAACCAGAUCUUCACGCUUACGUACGGCUUCAUGGCGGUCGCGGUUUCCCUGUUCCUCGCCUCCCUCUGCGUUAUCCACACGAGACGCGAGAAGGAGCGCUUCCGGAAGAUCGACGCCAAGCGUGGCGGCGGAGGCUUCGUCUAAGUCGCGCAACGCCCUCGUGCGUACGCGCUGUGCUGCAAACACGCAAAAGCCGUGCCCGCACUCGCGCCCACAUCCUCCUUGGACAUUUCUCCUUCCAAUCUGUCUCUGCUCGCUUCCCCGCUUCUGUCGACAUCUCCCAGGGCUAAUCAACGGCACCCUCCGCCGCCUGUACUGGUAUCGGCCGUCUCGUCCCGUGCGUCCCGCCCGAAUUGCUCGUGGCUAUCGGUUUCGUUCUGUUUCUGUUGUGUGUUACUAGUAGACCCCCCUUCCGCUUACAGUACUGCGGCGCCCUGUAUCACGCGUCUUCUCUUGCCCCCUUGGCUCCUUUCUUCCAUCCACCUUUCACUGCUUGUCACUGUCACUGCGUUAUAGGUACAAUGGCAUAAGCUCGGGUCAGACGAGAACCCUAGAGGAUAA